AUGGGGCACGCCGAGCACCAGGAGUGGGGGGCACGCCGGGCACAGGGAGUGGGGCACGCCAAGCACCACCAAGAGUGGGGCAGUCCCGGCCCCUCAGAACCGUCCGCGGCUCCCCCCGCCGCCAUGCCCGCGCGGCGGGGGCGGCGCGGGCUGAUGACGCUGUCUUGGGCAGUCCCAACAUGGCCGCGGUUCGGGCGUUGCGGGGCCCGGCGGGACACGCGGGGUGUUCGCCUCUCGCACGGGGCUGCUGCGGGCGCUGAGGGCUCCUCCAUCCUGCCCGCCCCGGGACGCCUCCCCUCCCGGCUUUACCCGCCUCCGCCGGGCCAUUACCCAGCGCGCUGCCGCCCGCGGGCCCCCGAGCAGCGGUGCCUGUCCGGGGUGUGCCCGGUGCGAAGGAGCCGGCGGUGCCACAGCGCCCUGCGGCACCUCAGCGCACCGCAGCAUUUCCCCAGGGUCUGCAGGAAACCGAGCAGCCUCCCCGGCACAGCCGUGCUCGGAGCCCCAGUGCUGCGGGGGCUGGCGGGGCGGCACUGCCCGCGCUCGGCGCACGGAGCGGUGCCACCGGGAAACGGGGAGCGGGCACCGGGUCAGGGCUGGCCGCUGCCUCGGGAAGGGGCCGGCGGCGCCCGGCAGGGGCGGGGGGGCUGCCCCGGGACAGCACCUGAGCACAGCCCGGCCGGACAGCAGCGGGGAGCGCGCUGCCCCGCCGGGGCGCUUCUGCCGGGGCCGGGCCGGCGCCACUUCUCCUCGGGGCCCCCGGCCCCGCCGAGCGCCCCAUCGCCUCGGCCCUUCCCUCCGCAGAGCGCCGGCCGGCCGUGCCCGGAGCCGGACUUCGCCGGGGGCUCGGGCUGCGCCUGGCCCUGGUCCGCCCCCGCCGGGGUUUCCAAGGAGACCUGGGCCGCCGUCUGCGCCGCGGAGCCGCCGCACAGCCAGGGCCGGCCGCAGGGCCACUUCUGCAGCCCGCAGCUCGGUGCCCAGGACGCGGCGUGGCAGGGAGACCAGCUGUCCUCCCAGCUCUACAGAAACAAGCAGCUUCAAGAUACUUUGCUUCAGAAGGAAGAGGAACUUGCUAGGUUACAUGAAGAAAAUAAUAACCUCCGACAAUACCUGAAUUCUGCCCUGAUUAAGUGUUUAGAAGAAAAAGCCAAGAAACUACUGUCUGACCAUGGACAAAAAGCCUGUUCUAUCCUCAAAAGUACCAAGAGGAGAUUAAAAGAGGACCACUGCUUUCUUCCUCAAGAAACUCCUCAUGCUUCCAAAGCUAGAAGGAACCUCUUCAAUGAAUUCACUGCCUGUGAAGAGCAAGCCAGCCCUGCUGUGGACAGCUGGGUCUUGCAGACCUUAGGAUUAAAAGAUGUGAACACCAUUGAUGAAGCUUCAGCUAACUACAGUGCCCUGUCCCCAGACCUUGGAAAAGAUACGUACUGCCUGAGCCCUGGGGGAGCAGCAGACUGUGAGCACAGGGAAGGAGCAGCAGCAGUGUUCAGCUGCAGCCAUGAGCCUCCAGGCAGCAGCAGCGCCCAUCCAUGCAGCCAGGAUUCUCCCUUCCUUCCUCAGUUUUCUUCAGCACCAUGCAUGUCCUCACCAGUGCCAAGUGUUUCCUCCCUCCCAGCCUAUGGGUUGUCUUAUUUGACUGGUGGUUUGUCACCCAACAGAACAGAAGUGGCCUUCACAACGUGCCUGAGUCCCCACCGCAAUGUGAGGACGCACAGCUUCCACCAAGGACAGGCCUUCGUGCGCAGGGACGACGAUGGCGGGUGGAGGUUCACCUGGGUGCCCAAGCAGCCUGAAUGA